AAGAGGAGGAGAGCAUGACUGGUCCUUUGACGUGUAAUAUUUCCGCGAGGAGACGAUGAAGGAGUAGCAGCAGUAGUAGCAGCGUGUAGCACGACGCAUUCAACUCAAACCUAGCCGGGAUUUACCUGUGAGCCCCGGUCAAUAAUCUCGGUUGACGGGAGUUGACAGAAGGCAGUGUCCCUCGCUGUUCCCCCGCCUCCUCCCUGCCUCCAGCUACAGUCAUGAUCAGAGCCAUUUUAAUAUUCAACAACCAUGGGAAACCAAGGCUUUCGAAAUUUUACGAGCAUUAUAGUGAAGACACAGAGCAGCAGAUCAUCAGGGAAACCUUCCACUUGGUCUCAAAGAGAGAUGAGAACGUCUGUAAUUUCCUUGAGGGUGGAAUGUUGAUUGGAGGAUCAGACUACAAGCUGAUCUACAGACAUUAUGCCACGUUAUACUUUGUGUUUUGUGUGGACUCCUCAGAGAGUGAACUAGGAAUUUUAGACUUGAUCCAGGUAUUUGUGGAAACGCUCGACAAAUGCUUUGAGAAUGUCUGCGAACUUGAUUUAAUUUUCCAUGUAGACAAGGUACACAACAUUCUGGCAGAGAUGGUGAUGGGUGGGAUGGUCCUGGAGACAAACAUGAAUGAAAUCAUCAUGCAGGUGGAUGCUCAGAACAAAAUGGAGAAGUCUGAGGCCGGCAUUGCAGGAGCGCCUGCUCGUGCUGUAUCAGCUGUAAAGAACAUGAACCUACCAGAAAUGCCCAGAAACAUCAACAUUGGUGACAUCAGCAUAAAAGUGCCAAAUUUACCCUCCUUCAAAUAGUGGCAGUGAGAUCCUGAGUCUGCAGAUGUCAGCCAAUGUUUACUAUGAUGCAAUCUGUUUACCAAAACCUCAAAUUAUAUAACUUUUAUCAAAACUAUACAUCUUGAAGGUACUGUGUGGUUUGACACUCCUUGUUCUGGUGUUAUCGCUUUGUUUCUCCUUAUAAAUUGAAAUAAUGUUUGACAUGAUUUGUUUUGUUUUUCUGUUGGAAGGAAACUUUAAGUAUUUAUUUAUCAGUGGUACAUUCCUACUGCCUCGUUGGAGGUUGGCCCUUGACAUUCUGCUGCUGCAGUCCAGAUCUGUGUUACUUUGUAACCGAAUUUUUUCCACGUAUUGAAGUGUUUACUUAAAGGAGCAAAUGUGACAGGUAAAGGGUUGGAGCAGUCUCUUUGGCUUAGUUAUUCCAGGUGUGAGAAUACAUCAGCAGAGGAUAUUAAAUGCAACCAUUUCAAAUACCAAGAUGGAGCAAGUCUGCUACAGUAUUGACGGUGAUAUGUCAUAGCUUGAUUGUAAAAUCAGUGCGUAUAAUAAUAAAAACAACAUUAUUAUAUUGCUGUGUUACAGAAUUAUGAAAUAUAUAUGCUGAAAUAAUUUUUUUUUCUGUUCUUGUUUGUAUGCAAAAUAUUUUUAAAUAAUUUAUCAAGUCUUAUCAAAAUGAUUGGUUAAUUUUAAUCUGUGCAUGAGCCUUUUCUCUUUUUUUCAAUGUAAUAAACUAUCAAAACGU